AUGGCCGGAAGUUCUCGAAAAAAGCUGCUGCUUAUGGGCCGGUCUGGCUCUGGCAAAUCCUCGAUGCGAUCAAUCAUUUUCAGCAACUACUCAGCUUUUGACACACGCCGUCUGGGCGCCACGAUCGAUGUGGAGCAUUCACAUUUGCGAUUUCUAGGCCACAUGACCCUGAACUUGUGGGAUUGUGGUGGUCAGGACGUUUUCAUCGACAACUAUUUUUCAACACAAAAAGAUCACAUAUUUCGCAUGGUGGAGGUUCUGAUCCAUGUAUUCGACGUGGGUUCCAAAAAGCUCGCCAAGGACAUCGACAUCUUUCAGAAAUGCAUCAAGAACCUGCGAGAGUUCAGCCCCGACGCCAAGGUAUUUGUGCUUCUACACAAGAUGGACCUUAUGCAGCUCAAUAAGCGAGACGAGAUCUUCAAUACCAUGAUGAAAACCCUGGAGGAACACGCGGUGCCGUUUGGGUUCACCAUUAGAGGCUUCCAGACUUCCAUCUGGGAUGAAUCGCUGUACAAGGCCUGGUCCAGCAUUGUAUGUUCGCUGAUUCCCAACAUGACCGCUAUCCAGAACCAUCUCAAGUCUUUCGCCGAAAUUUCCGAAGCCCAAGAAGCUGUCUUGUUUGAGAAAACCACGUUCUUGGUAAUCUCUCACGCAUCUGCUACCGCAGAAGGCGAUGAGAACCUUGACCCUAAACGAUUCGAAAAGAUCUCCAACAUCAUCAAAACGUAUAAACAGAGCUGCUCUAAAAUGAAAUCUCAACUCAAAAGGCUCACAUUGCAUGGCCACAAUUGCUCAGCCUAUAUCGACAACCUAACCGGAAACACAUUCAUCAUGGUUGUGAUGCCUCCUAGGGAAGCCCACGAAGGCACUUUCUGCGACGAUGACGGAUCCGUAAUUGUGACUAAUAUUAGGGCGGCCAGAGAAUGGUUUGAAAAGGUGGAAUUAUUGGAGGGCUAA